ACCAUGACAGGAUGUUUGGAAAGGUUGCGAGAGGUUUUAUGGUUUACCAAUCCAACGAUGGCAUUGCUGGAUUUUUGAAGAGUAUGGUCCAUAAGUAAAGAACAGAGCAGUGCUCAUGAGGGGAAUAGAAAAGAAAAGCUUUUGUUUGCCAGACUGAGAGAGAUGAGGACAAAGACAUACACUUGUGGAGAAAACGAGAAAGAAAAAGAGCUUGAGGGGCUGGAGCUAAAGAAAAUAGGUGUGUGUGCGCGCGGGGAAGGAAGCGAGAGAGAGAGAGAGGUGAGCUGAGGUUUUAAUGUGGCCGUUUGUCGUGUUUAUGUGGCUGUGGCGCUGCUCUCUCCUGCUCUCUGUAUUGAUGGCAGUGCAGCCAGGCUGUAAUUGAUGGCGGCAUAUUGCUGUACUCCGGCAAGUGUAAUGGGCCGAGACACAGAAGCAGAGAGCACAGCAGGAACCCUCUUUAACCCUUUACGUUCUCACACACUCAAACCCUGAAAUAUGUGUGUUUUUGUCUCUGUAGGGAAGACGACGGGUGCCACAUUUCUACUACAGCUUGCCACAGCUCUCUGCAAACUGACAAAAAGGCGUUUUGGUACGAAAUGCGCGGGCUGCUUGCAGGGCAUUUCGCCCAGCGACCUCGUGAGAAGAGCGCGCAGCAAGGUGUUCCAUCUGAAAUGUUUCACGUGCAUGGUGUGCAACAAACAGCUGUCCACGGGCGAGGAGCUCUACGUCAUCGACGAAAACAAAUUUGUGUGUAAAGAGGACUACAUGAGCGCGAGCGCUAUCAAAGAGGUCAAUUUAAAUUCAGUGUCAUCAUGUACGGACCGGAGUUUAUCGCCUGAUCCGAUCCAGGACGACACGAAGGAGACGGACAAUUCCACAUCCUCAGAUAAGGACACUAACAACAACGAGAACGAGGAGCAAAACUCGUGCACGAAGCGGCGGGGCCCGCGCACCACCAUCAAGGCCAAACAGCUCGAGACUCUGAAAGCCGCGUUCGUGGCGACGCCGAAGCCCACGCGACACAUCCGCGAGCAGCUCGCGCAGGAGACAGGCCUCAACAUGCGAGUCAUACAGGUGUGGUUUCAAAAUCGGCGGUCUAAAGAACGCAGAAUGAAGCAGAUCAGCGCUCUCGGUGCUCGACGACACACUUUCUUCAGGGGACCACGCAGAAUGAGGUCACUCGGAGGAAGACUAGAGGACCCUGACAUAAUGGGCCCUGGAGGAUACAGCUACUAUGGAGAAUACCAAGGUGACUACUACGGGCCAGUGGUCAACUACGAUUUCUUCCCUCACGUACCCCCUUCCUCACAGGCGCAGUCUCCAGCCGAGUCCCCUUACCUCCUCAGCUCGGGUUCAGGAGCCCUGGAGGGCGGCCCGGUCUCCGCUCACCACCCCUCAGACGACCAAAGGUUCACGGACAUGAUCUCCCACGCAGAUACCCCCAGUCCCGAGCCAGGCAUGACCGGACCUCUCCAUCCCAAUCCACAAGGGGAGGGUGGCUUCACAGGGGGUCCGAGUCCACCCUUCCCCCUGGCCAACAACACCAGUUACAGCGGCCCCCUGUCCCAUCCUGGUCAAGAGAUGGGGGAGAACACUGUUUGGUAGGACAGAGAGAUGGGAAAGACUCUGAACUAUGGACACAAGAGGGAAUUCCACCCUAACUGGUCUGCCUUAGUGCUAUAGGUUACUGAGGGAGGGUUUAUCGGCUGGUCAUGGACCAGAACAAACCAAUAUUUGGAGCUGAAAGGUGGAAAGACAUACGUUUCUACGGUCAAAGGAUGUGUAUUGUCAGUGGUCAUCUUGACCAAUCACAUUGGUUUGAUUCCGUUGAUAUGGUUUCCUGAGUUCAGUAUUACGAUUGCGACAAUAGCGCAGAUGUUCGUCCAUGGGGUUUUCUACUGCUUUGACUUACUGAUUAGUAAAAGCUUUCAAACUGCAUUUGAUGGUCAGAAGCGAGCUAGUACUUAAA